UCGAAGCUGGCAACAAAGUUGCAGCAAUAAUGUUGAUAACAAACUAGUUAAGCCGCAUCAGAAAAUUCAAACAAAUUCUUGUAGGAAAUCAUGGUGCGAUUGAAUGUUGCCGAGCAGCAACAACAGCAACAUUCUCCUUCCGAUGGUGGAUCUUCGAAUUGCUCGCUACCAGCCUCGCCGCCUUUGCUGCAGCAAACGGCAACGCCACCGCAGGGCGCUCAAAUUGUGCCACCUGUCUGUGCUUUGCAUCAUCCGCAACAGCAAUUGACCUUAUUGGCGGCCUUGCAGCAUCAUCAUCAUAUGUUGCCGCCGCAGCCACCGCCACCGCAUGCCCUCCAUCAUCAGCAACCACCACCAAGCCAGCAACAGGUACCACAUGAAAACGGACAUGGUCACGGCCAUGGCCAUGGCCAUGGAGGAAUCUCACCCAAUGGCGGCGGCGGAGGUGGUUCAUCGUCCAGCAGCGUCAGCAGCGUUUCCAGCGGCAGUGGCGGGAGCCAGGGCAACGGUUCCAGCAAUGGCACCAAUGGCAUUGGACCGCCGACAGUUCCUCCACCAACUGCAGCUCAGCUGCCACCGGGACCACUUUAUAUACAAUAUCCGGGUGAAUUCUAUCCACCCGAGUACUAUAUAGCCCCACAUCCACAUGAGGGCAUCUGUCCGCAGCAUCCGCAUCAUCCGCAUGCACAUCAUCAGCCCAUGUGCGCCAUGUCAGCGGAAUAUGGUCCUGCAGCCGUUCAAAUGGUCUCACAGAAUCGACCACCACCUCCCAUGCCGGUGCCCGUUCAGGUUCCCCAAUAUGUCAAUGAGAAUGGCACAUUAACCCAUGUUAUGCUAUCACCACAACAAUACCAACAGCUCCAUCCCGGACAGGGUCAUUUACAUGCAGCACCAUUCAUAAGCGCCAAUGGAACAUCGCAUUUCUAUACGCCAGUGGCUGGCUAUCCACCACCAGGACCAGCUGGCAAUGGACCACCACAUUAUCAUUUGCCGCCCCCACCGCCGCCACCCCAACAGCAGCAACAACAGCAAGUGCCGCCGCCAGGGGGUGGACAGGGACAGCAACAGCCAGCAACACAACAUUCCCAUUCCCCGCACUCGCCUUCGCCGCCAAACUAUCGGGAUGAGCGCAGCCAGCGGCAACAUGCCAAGCUUCUGCGUAAACUGGACAAGCAAAGAGAACUGAACUCUGCCGUGUCUACGCCCACACAUUCGCCUUCACCGCGUCGUUCAAAUGAUUUGAAUGGCCAUCACAACAGCAACAAUAACAUUCCCCUGGGUGUUCUACCCCUGCCUCCACAUCUCAACAAUCAUCAUCAUCAUGGUGGACGGCGGCAACAGCAGCAGCAGCAACAGUCGCAUCAGCAACAACAACAACAACAGCAGCAGCAGCAGCAACAACAUAGAAACGGUCAGCAUCAACGACCAGGACCAAGUUCUGUAGGCACCUCUGACGAUGGUGAAGACAAUUCCAGUUUGGCUGAAGGUGAAAACGAAGAAGAAGAGGAGGAGGAUUACCAAUCCUCAAUAGUGGAUCAAAUCUCGGCCAUUGAGAAACCCGAAGUGAUUGAUGUUAGCUCGAGGGCAGCGAAAAUCAUUUGGGUAUCGCCGGUCAUUACGGAUUCCGUACUCAUCAACAUCCGAGAUUUGCGUUACCAAAUCCUCCUCAGUGAUUCGGGCAAACAAUGCAAAUACAAGAGUCUAUAUCGGGGCGAGGCCUAUGAAUGUAUAGUGCAGGAUCUGCAGCCCGGUCAGGAUUAUCUGGUGCGUCUGCAAGUGGAAUAUCAGAAAUUCAAGGGUCAAGUCAGUGAACCCACGGAAUUUAGGACACCAGCCUGUGAACCCGAUCCACCAUUGCCGCCCAAACUGGUUAGCCGCAACAAGAGCUCGAUCAAUCUGCGCUGGCAAGCUCCCCCGGCCAAUGGUUCAACCAUUCAGCAUUAUUUGCUGGAAUACGAUGAAGGAAAGGGUCAACCGUGGCAAUUUGUAGAACUGGCCAAACUAAAGACUAAACACUAUGUGAUCAAUAAGUUGCAGCCGACAACUGUCUAUAGUUUCCGUUUGGCGGCCAUUAACGAGGUGGGUCAAUCGCUAUACUCUAGCAUAAGCAGUUAUUCGACGGCGGGGAAUCCACCAGUAGCGCCCAAGCCACCGCAACUUCAUGGAAGUACCUCGAACUCGCUAAAACUUUUCUGGGAGCGUCGCCAGCAGGACGGAGACUUUCUGCUGCAGAUGCAGGACGCGGAUUCGGGUCAUGGCUUCUUGAACAGCUACAAGGGCGCUGAUCUACACCACGAGUGCCUCCACUUGCAGCGGUCAAAGAGCUAUCAAUUCCGUUUGCGGGCGGAAAACGAAGCUGGUGCCUCGCCCUGGUCCACGGAGAUUAGUUAUUCCACACGGGCUGAGCGUCCGGGCAGGCCGGGCAAACCUCAGGCCAAGGGUAAAAUCCAUGGCACUCACUUUAAGGCCAAAUGGGAUCCGCCGGCUGACAAUGGGGGAGCCAAUAUACUACUCUAUCACUUGGAACUGAGUCCUGGUGGUGGCAAUUUCGAGCUCAUUUACAGCGGCGCCGAGGCGGAAGCCAUGUGCGAGAGAUUACAACCGGGUUCGACCUAUCAGUUGCGUGCCUGUUGCGAAGGACCUGCUGGCCAGAGUCCUUACUCGGACAUUGGACACAUUACCACAGAGGCGGUGGCUCCUGGAGCACCACCAAUACCACAUUGCACUGAUCCGCCCACGCCAUAUGCCGCCCUAGUGAAGCUUCAGCAACCGGAAUACAAUGGCGGAGCACCCAUCUUGGAAUUCGAGGCUCAAUUGCGACAGCUCGAUGAAGUGAAGCCACCACAGGUGGUCUUCCGGGGCAAGCAGAACUAUUUUGUGGCCCAGAAUUUGCUGCCCGGUGCCAACUAUGAAGUUCAAGUGCGUGGCAUUAAUCGCAUUGGAGCUGGCAGUUGGUCGCCUUGGCUGAGAUUCCAGGCGGCAGCAGCUCCACCCAACUCACCCGAGGAGCUAAGUGUCCACGUAAAGUCGGCCACCAACGUCAGUGUGUCGUGGCAGCCACCAAAACAAGAUAAUGGAGCUCCCAUACAAAACUAUUUGCUAAAAAGUGCCAGCCUAGCGAAGCUACAAGAGAAGAAGGAGUCCGCUGGAGAACGGCUGGAGGAAGAGGGCAAUGAAACCGAUGAGGAUUCGCAUAAAGCAGACGAAGAUGCAGAGCCCCAGGGAUCCGCUUUUCACAAUUGCUAUCAGGGUCUGCAGACGAAUGCGGAACUAAGGAAUCUAACACCUUACACCCGAUACUUUUUCCGCGUUCUGGCCAUCAACUCGGCCGGCUCCAGUGCACCAUCGGAUGUGGUGUGUGUCAAUACACCGCCUGCUGUGCCCGGAGCUCCUCAAAUGCAGGGCUACGAGUUCACCGCCCAAGAGGUCACUCUCAACUGGACACAACCAGCGGCCCAUGGAUCCCCGAUACGUUCGUACAACAUUGAAUACGGUGAAAGGACCAUAGCCACGCCCGACGCCUGUACUCGAUACACGGUCUCCGGUCUUAUGCCCGAGACUAGUUACAAAUUUCGAGUGCAAGCGGUAAAUGCCAUGGGAGCUGGACCCUUUAGUGCCUAUGCCAAAUUGACCACACAACCAGCGCCUCCGGCGCCGCCACGACUCGAGUGCAGUGGUUCGGGCCACAAUUACAUUAAGCUAAAGUGGGGUGAGGGUGGAAAGCAGGUUGCCUCAUCCACCAAAUACUUUGUGGAAAUGUAUGUGACGCGGGCCAAACAGUUCCAAACUGUCUAUGCGGGAACUAAUUGCAUGUGCAAAGUGCACAAGCUGCAGGAAAGAACCAGCUACACCUUCCGGAUCUAUGCACACACAGAUCGUGCGGGUAAUGGAGACUACUCUGAGGAAUUUGUUUUCGAGACAAGUCCCACUUUGCCCUCGAAUAUCAAGCCGCCGCGUGUGGUGCACGAAUCGAGUGUCUGCCUCAUGGAUAUGCCCGGACAGUUGGGCAUGCAAUUGACUUUGGAGUGGCAGCAUUCGAAGAACACCUUCCACGACCGCGUCGAGUAUGAGCUCCAAUACGCUGUGGUGGACCUCGCAGCGACAGAUGGAUCCGCAAAGGGGACGACAAGCAGCUCAUCAAGUGGUGCUCCCCUGAACCUACCCAAUCAGGAUUAUUGCCAACUAUAUCGAGGACCUGAGACCAAAUUUACCAUUGACAAUCUGGCAGCAGGAACCUGCUAUCAAUUUCGUGUGUGUCCCGUGCGCCUUACAGCCGGCGGAGAGACACUUUAUGGCCAGCCAUCGAGUCCGAUGCGCUUCCAGGUGCCCAGUGAAUUGGAUCCCCUGACGGCCAGCUGUAUGCAUCAUCAUUUGAGUCAUUUGUCACCAAUCAGCAGUAGCAGUCAGAGCAGGCACAGCCGCAAGCUCUCCAGUGGCAAUGGACAUCUAGCAGCGGGUCUCCAUUUGAGAUCGGUUAGUGCUUCGGCAAUUAGUGGCACUGGCAGCGGUGUGGGUGCCGACCCUCUGGCCAUCGGACGUCUCCAGCAGGAGUUGUCUGGCCAAUUUAAUAGUUGCGGCGAUCCCAUGCAUCACCAUCAUCAUCAUCACCACCAUCAUCAGCAAACUUGCGAGGCGGCUGCAGCGUCCUCCUCUUCCUCUGGCUCAUCGGGUGGUACGUCCAGCGGAGCAGCAGCAUCGUCGGGCGUUAUCCUGCGUGGCAAUCAUCUGCACCAUCAGCAUCACAUGCAUCAUCCUCAUCACAUGCAUCAUGCCCAUCAUACGCAUGGCAUGGCCAUUUCCAGUGGGGGCAUUAACAGCAACAGCAUUGGGGGCGCCGGUGGUGCAAGUCACCACCCAUCAUCCACUAUAUCUUCGUCCUUUGCCCAGGGCACUUCGUUGCGGCGUUUCAUGGCCAAACUAACGUCAUUGUACAGCAGUCGAAAGCGUCUCAGUGAUCAGGAGAAGGCUGUUUGCUUUGUGGUUUCCUUUAUAGUUGUCACUUUCCUGGUGGCCAUGUUGGUCAAUAUGCUAAGGGCCUAAACAACAACAAAAGAAGAAAAAACAACCGACAAAACCAACAAAAUCCACUUUAUGUCUCAAAAAAGUGAAACGAAACAAAACCAAUUAGCUGUAAUUAUUAUUGUAUUUUUUAUAUAAACCAACAAUAACCAUAUACCAACAAAAACAAGAACAAACAACUUGUAUAUUGUCUAAUUUUAAAUCCACAAAAAACAACAAUAACUAAACUGUAUUAAAUGUGUACACAAAAAACAACAAAAAAAAAACAAACAGAAACCGUUACCGAAACAUUAACCGGAAACGGCAAGAGAAAUUAAGUAAUAAUACCACACACAUACAGCUACAACUAUGAGUAUAUAUAUAAAUGUUUGUAAAUGUUAUAACAAAACAAAACAAAACAAAAACAAAAAUAAUAUGGUAUUCGCCCUAUACAUAAAUAAUAACUAUUUGUUGUUGCUACACAAAAACAAAAAACCCAAGAAUUAUGAAAACAAAAAUACAAUCUCCAUAUGUGCUAUAGUUUGUGCAACCAAAAAACAAAAAAAGAAGGGGAAAACAUUCUUGUAAAGUUAAAAACAAACUAAAAAUACAAAACUAGAUCAUAAAAAAAGUCUUAACAAAAUCAUAGGAUUGUUGAUAUGCCGGACAAAGAAAU